AUGCCUAUCACUGCCGGUGACGCAGCACCUGGUGCCGCCAUGAAGGCUGAGAUCGCCGACUACGCCAAGGCCAUGGAGGUUUUGGAUACCUAUACCACCCGUGAUGGUCUUGAUGCCGAUACCCUGCUUGACUCUGACAAGCACGGUGCAUUGACCUACAAUGAUUUCUUGAUCCUGCCUGGUUACAUCGGCUUCCCCGCUUCCGAUGUCUCUUUGGAUACCCCUGUUACCAAGCGUAUCUCCCUGAAGGCUCCUCUUCUGUCCUCACCCAUGGACACUGUCACUGAGCACAACAUGGCUAUUCACAUGGCUCUGCUCGGUGGUCUGGGUGUUAUCCACCACAACUGCUCCCCCGAGGACCAGGCAGAGAUGGUUCGCAAGGUUAAGAGAUACGAGAACGGUUUCAUUUUGGAUCCCGUUGUCAUCUCUCCCAAGGCCACCGUUGGUGAAGCCAAGGAGCUGAAGGCCAAGUGGGGCUUCGGUGGUUUCCCUGUCACUGAGAAUGGAACCCUCAAGUCCAAGCUCGUUGGAAUGGUUACCUCGCGUGACAUUCAGUUCCACACCAACGAUGACGAGCCCGUGACUGCCAUCAUGGCCACGGAUCUUGUCACUGCCCCGGCCGGUACCACCCUGGCCGAGGCCAACGAGGUUCUCCGUCAGUCCAAGAAGGGAAAGCUCCCCAUCGUUGAUGCCAGUGGCAACAUCGUCUCCCUGCUUUCCCGCUCCGAUCUGAUGAAGAACCUCCACUACCCUCUGGCCUCCAAGCUCCCCGACUCCAAGCAGCUGAUUUGUGCCGCUGCUAUUGGUACUCGUGAGGAGGACAAGAAGCGUCUCCAGCUUCUCGUCGAGGCUGGAUUGGAUAUUGUUAUUCUGGAUUCCAGCCAGGGUAACUCUAUGUACCAGAUCGAGAUGAUCAAGUACAUCAAGAAGAACAUGCCCGAGAUCGACGUUAUCGGUGGUAACGUCGUCACCCGUGAGCAGGCUGCUGCUUUGAUUGCCGCCGGUGUCGAUGGCCUGAGAAUUGGCAUGGGCAGCGGUAGUGCCUGUAUCACCCAGGAGGUUAUGGCUGUCGGUCGUCCCCAGGCCGCUUCCGUGCGCAGCGUUGCAUCCUUUGCCGCUCGCUUCGGUGUCCCCUGUAUCGCCGAUGGUGGUGUCCAGAACGUUGGCCACAUCGUCAAGGGUCUGGCUAUGGGUGCUAGCACCGUCAUGAUGGGUGGUCUCCUUGCCGGUACCACCGAGUCUCCCGGUGAGUACUACGUCAGCAACGAGGGCCAGCUCGUCAAGGCCUACCGUGGUAUGGGAAGUAUCGCCGCCAUGGAGGACAAGAAGGCCGGCGGUGGCGGUAAGGAUAGCAAGGCCAGCAACGCUGGUACCGCUCGCUACUUCUCCGAGAAGGACCGCGUCCUUGUUGCCCAGGGUGUCGCUGGAUCCGUCCUCGACCGCGGUUCUGUCACCAAGUUCAUUCCUUACCUUGUUGCCGGUGUCCAGCACUCCCUGCAGGACAUUGGUGUCCAGAGUCUGACCGCUUUGCACGACGGUGUCAACGACGGCACUGUCCGCUUUGAAAUGCGCAGUGCCAGCGCCAUGACCGAGGGUAACGUCCACGGUCUCCACAGCUACGACAAGAAGCUUUACUCCGUGCUCCUUGUAUCUUCAAAGAAUGAGAUCCUUCUUCUUCAUCGCGUGAAGACCUCUACCUCCUUUGCAUCUGCCCAUGUCUUUCCGGGCGGCAACUUAUCCAGCCAGGAUGGUAAAUGCCCGCCGCCCGGAGACCUAGCGCGGCAUGAUGAUUCCCCUAGUUACCGGCGUGCAGCGAUCAGAGAACUCUUUGAAGAGAGUGGAAUUCUUCUAGCUAGAGACCGCAACUCUGGGAAGAUGCUAGCUGUCGACGAGCCUAUCCGAGAGGAAGGCAGACGACUCAUUCAUCAGAACAAGACCACCUUUGAUGAGUGGCUGAAGCAACAAAGCGCUGACGCUGAGCCUGAUAUAGGCCAAUUAAUUCCCUUUACUCGCUGGGUUACGCCAACCAAUGUCCCCAAGCGAUACACUACUCAGAUGUAUCUGUAUUUCUUGCCUUUGCCGGUCAAGGUGGAUAAGAGGCUUCUAGAUCAACUCCCAGCAGAGGGCGAACGCGAGGAACAUGAGAUCCCAACGAGCGAUGGUGGCAUUGAGGUUACGGAGGCCCAGUUUCUUCCAGCCUCGGCGUGGGUUAGUCGUGCUCAGAAGGCUGAGAUCAUUCUAUUCCCGCCACAGUUCCUCCUUUUGCAUUUGGUGUCAGGAUUCCUGGACAAGGAACCUCGUGCAGGUGCUUCUGUUGAAGAGAUGGAGAACCGUCGUCAAGCGCUUGUCGACUUUGUUCAUUCGGGCUCUCCCCCAUGGACAGAUAAAUGCAUAUCCCCGAAAAUGAUUCACAUGACCGGUGAUGGGCGAUCUGUGUUAGGUCUCAAUGAUCCUGGGCCUGAGCUGAAAGGGUCUUCCAGGCGAGGAGAGCCCGACAGAGUGGUUACUCUGCGGUUUAAGAAAGGAAGUGCACGAGAGGUGGCUGUGGGAUGGAAGAAGGAUGUGUUACAGGAAGAGAGGCAAAAGAAAAAACCCUCCACCUCCAACCUCACCGUCGCCCGUCAAAACCUCAACACCAAACCCGCCAAAAUGGAGAACGAAAAGGGAGAGAUCGUCGAUCUCUACGUGCCUCGCAAGUGCAGCGCCACCAACCGCAUCAUCAAGGCCAACGACCACGCCUCUGUCCAGCUCUCCGUUGGCAAGGUUGACGAGAACGGUCGCUACACCGGCGAGAACCAGACCUACGCUCUUUGCGGCUUCAUCCGUGCCCGCGGCGAGAGCGAUGACUCCUUCAACCGCCUUGCCCAGCGUGACGGUUACCUCAAGAACGUCUGGACCGCCUCCAGCCAGCGCUAA